CGAUUACCAUUUGCUACACGAAUGACAAUCGGCUACAAGUACUCGCAUCAGACACAACUAAACCGGACCAGACUAAAGCAUAACUUGAAAGACAUAUUAAUACCUAGAGACUUUGACUUGACUACGCUUCAUUUGCCACGCAGGUGACGUCGUAACGAUUACAGAAAAAAACAUUAGAGAAAAAGUAAAAGUUGAGACGUUUUGAGAUUGCAAAUAAUAUUUAACCGGAACCGGAAUGGCAUCGGCAUUGACAAAUCUGUUACAAUCGCUGCGCAUUGGACCCCUGUCUUCGUCCAACAAAUCGAGCUCCAACGAUGUCUUAAUCAUGCCCAAAGUGGAGAAGAACAAAUCGAAAGUUGAACUACUUUCAGUUGCUGAAAUAACACUGGAGGAGGUAGCACACCACGAUAGCUUCGAUGAUUGCUGGAUUGUCAUCUAUGAUCGAGUCUAUGACGUCACAGAGUUCCUGCGAGAACAUCCGGGUGGCGAUGAUAUCAUUAUGGAUCAUGCUGGACGUGAUGCAACAAUUGCCUUUCAUGGAACUGGACAUUCCAGACAUGCCGUUGAGCAAUUGCGUCAUUUCCUAAUCGGAGAACUGCCUCCAAGUCAAUGCAUCUUUCGUUCCGGCAAUAACAAGGUCCUGUCCUCGGGCAUACCAGAGUGAUUUUGAUUGAUCAAUCAAGUCGGAAACAUUUCCUCGCUGCCGUCCGAUCUGUGGGUUAUCUGUUGUCAAAUACUUAUUUAUUUAGCAUAUAUUAUAUUUAAGCUUUUACUUUUAAUCUGUGCUGUUUUGUGUCUGUUUUUCCUGAGAUUUGUUUAUUCCCAAUUAACAUCAGUUCGCUCACCUCUAUAUUCGAUUCAUAAAACUGAUUAUACUUAAGUGCAAUUGCUUUAAAUUAAAUGAUUUUUAAUAUGAGAAAUCUACAUUUGUACAGUAA